ACCAGAUCGUGGCGGAGGUGUUUGACGCCGUGUGCGUUUGCAGCAGGCACUUCGACGAGACGUACACACCGACGGUUGCGGGGCUGGACGAGUUCCAGGGGACGGUCAUGCACGCCAGGGAGUACGACAUACCGGGCGUUGAGGCGUUCGUGGGGAAGAGGGUGCUGUGCGUCGGCGCUAGGUCUAGCGGGACGGACAUCGCUCGCGAGAUCUCCUCCGUCGCGCACGCGGUCCACGUGUGCGACAGGAGCAACCCUGUCACCUCCAAGGGCAGAGAAAGAGGCAACGUUUGGUCGCGGACGGCGCUGGAGAAGUUCGAGGGCGCCAACGGAGUGCGGUUCAAGAAUGGAGAGCUUGUUGAGGUAGACACCGUGGUGUGGUGCACCGGCUACAACUACGCUUUCCCGUCCUUGGAAGGCUCCGGGCUGCUCACCGCGCCGGCGUUGAAGCGCGUGCAUCCUGUGUUCGAGCACCUCCUCCACGUGUACCACCCGUCCCUGUCAUUCAUCGGUCUCCCUCAGAGGAGAGCACCGCUUCCUCCCCCCAACAGCGCUGCACCCUUCCCGCUGUUCGAGCUCCAAGCGAACGCUGUAGCCGCCGCCAUCGUCGGGUGGGCCUCCUUUCCCUCCCUCGCGGAGCGUGAGCAGUGGCUCCGGGGUGACGAAGACAGGAUCCGAGAGGGCGCAGUGGGCCCUUCCUCGCCCGGCGCCCACCUGCUCGGGGGCAGGCAGUGGGAGUACCUUAGACGUCUCCUGCGGAUCGCUUCGGGGCCGGGGGUCUUGGGGCGAGGGUCCACCGCCGAAAACCACGCCUUCCAGGGUGGUGCUGGUGCUGGUGACGAGGGUAGUGCCAUCCCGAAGGCUUCUAGCAAGGAGGCGUCGCCGUCGUGAGGAGCCGCCGCAGCGACAGAGGAGGGCGCGCAGCAGUGGCACCAGCUAGAGCUUGAGCCACUGCUGAAUGUGCUGAGCGUGAGGGAGACCAUCUACAACGACGUGGGCGACAGUGGGCUCGGCUUCCCCGGCGGGCCGGACGACUACCUACGGCGCCAGUACCGGGUAGAAUGGGAUAGCGGAAGGAUUUCGGUGUCCUACGCCGAUCGCAAGGCGAAUGGCGAGGGACCUUCGUCUCCGGCAGCUUCGUAGCAUAUCUCUCGUCGCCGGCAGCUUAGUGUUUAUAGUCUGGUGUAACAGGGCAACCAGAUAUUGCGGGGUAGCUUUUCGGGGGAUACAUUUUUUUAGAAAUUUUCGGCGAAAUAGCGAGAUGUUUUUUAUCGUUUGUACGUUUUCCGGCCGGAAGGAAACACGGUUUUGUAGUGUAGCUGAUGUGGGUAAUGUUUUGGGGCUUACGUAAAUUGCUAUUGAUUGCCAGGCAAAAUGGUGACAAGGGUGACAAGGGGCGUUAGGCGCACUGCGACUCGUUCUGUACGCAAAACACGAGUCGUAGAAGGGAAACGCAAGCAGCUCGUAACGUGUAAAAUGAAAUCGGGAAUAGGCAGCAGGUCUUGCGCGGUUGUUGGCGGUCCUUGACUGACCUAACAAGUCUUCUCUGGUCUCUGUGAAGAAGAACUUCCAUCCGUGAUCUCGACGGUCGAUAGCGGUCCGCCUCGUCUCACCUCCUUUCAACUCUCAUUCUAGACCUCUGGUUUCACAAGUGGGGCACGUGUAGGACCACGUGGAUAGCAGGACAGGUUUGGUGAAACCAGAGAGAACGUAUGGAAUGAGAGGUGUAAGGAGGUGAAACGAGGCGGACCGAUAUCGGCCAUCGAGGUCACGGAUGGAAGUUCCUCUUCACAGAGAGCAGAGGAGACUUAUUAGGUCAGUCCAGUCCGAGGGAUAGACUGUCCUGUUGACGCUGGAUGUUACAGAUAUAGAUACAUCAACAAGG